GAACAAGAGUGAGAAGCUCAGGCCAGGGAAGAAAGGCCCCAUAACGGAGAGCGGAGAGCAGGUAAGCGCCGCUAAGAAUGGAAGGACGGGACCCUGCGAAUCGUUCCCGCCGCUUUCGCUUUCCACCUUCCCCCCUUCCUGGUCCCCUCCAAACGAUCCAACUCUGGCCUCUGCUCCCCCCGUGCCCCUCCCCUCCCCCUCCCAGGCUGCUGCGGAGACACUGACCAAAACGAGCGAGCCAGCACCAAGCGGGCAGCAUUUCGCAUCGCCUUUCCAUAACCUCAACUCUCUUUCUCUCUGCCGCCUACCAUCAUUACUUUGCCUUGUUCACGCAACACCAACAACCUCCCAUCCCCUCCCCUCCUAGACGAUAUUGCAGCCUUUGCCAUCACACCCGGCAAUCUUCAAAUUGCACCCUCGGCGUCUCUAUUCUGCCAUCAAUAUCCAGCUUCAACCACGUCGUCCCGGCACUCCGAAUCGCUGGGUACGUCACUCUGGUGAGUUACUGCUGCUUCUACCCUUCUGCUUUCCCCUCCACCAUCAUUCAGCCAACCUACGUCACUUGUCACGCAAGGCCAACUGGACACACAAACAUCAUACAUCCCGCUGUUGAUAUCUGCUUGUUCCCGUAUCUUCGUCAAACCCUUUUCUUUGCGGGCUGCGCGCAGCACUUUUUGACCAUCUGGUUGCGGUACGACUCUCGCAGAGCACAUACCUACCUGCGCCAUCUUGAUAUUAGACGUCAGUCACAUAGCCACUAGCUGGCGCACUUGGUCGCCAUACCGCCUGCCGCUCAGAGACCAGCGUCUCUUCCUCUCUUGGCUCCUUUCGUCUUACCUAUGCGUCAAUCCUCCUCAGCUCGGACCCGACCCUCUGCCUAGCCCCCGGUCGGUCUCGGACCAUUCUGCCCCUCCAUGGGCCCGACGACCGUUCACUCCAACUUCUUCACCUAAUACUGACGAUACCUUUAUCAGACAUCCAUCUUCGCGACAAUCCUCCUCCGACGUCCAAAACGCAUCCAACGAAGACAGCUUCAUUGCGACCCCAUCGAACUCGAUUGACCCUGCGUGUGGACCGGUACCUCUGACGUCUUUUCGAGGUUCUUUAAACUGGCAGGAAGCAAGCGUCGCAGCCUCUCCAACCAGGGGAGUGGUCUGCUGACUAGAAUGUUCGGCGGCGGCUCUAACUCGGCUGCGUCUAAGGCGGAGAGCGACCCAAAAGAGGACCGCAAGUCGCCUUCGCCCGAAUCCGACAAGGGCACUUCAGCCUCCCUUAAGUCAAACGACCAGGCCGCCAGCGGCGACAAGCGGAGUGGAAACAGCAGUCCCCCCGGACGGCAGCAAGAUGGCGCUGCGGAUAAGAAGCGCCGUGCCAGCGGUGUUCAAAGUAAGGCCGCGGGCUUGCUGGCUCAUGCCAAGAACACCCUGAACUUUUCCCAGGUCGGCCGAUCCAACUCGGAUGUGAGCUCGCAGACCCCUCUCCAGAAGCUGGGCAAGCAGGAUCCUGCUCUCGCUGUGCCUCAGGGCCAGCACAACAACUCAGCCGGCGAUUCAGUUCCCGGCCCGCGUUCGACUUUCCGUGUCGGUGUCUGGGAAGAUAGGAACAAAAAGUGCCGCCGUACAAUGGAGGACACCCAUGCCUUCCUCUACAACUUUUUGCAUACCCCAGCCCCUGCCAUUGAUGGUAAAAAGAGCGACUCUGUAUCCGACGAGAAGGAUGCCUCCUCGCAAGAGAUGGUUGAAACGGACAAUGGAUACUUUGCCAUCUUUGAUGGUCACGCUGGCACCUUUGCUGCCGACUGGUGUGGCAAGAAGCUUCAUAUCAUACUGGAGGAAAUAAUUCGAAAGAAUCCCAACGGCCCCAUUCCCGAACUCCUCGAUCAAACGUUUACUUCUGUUGACGCACAGUUGGAGAAGCUCCCUCUUAAGAACAGUGGAUGCACAGCUGCCGUCGCCGUGCUGCGUUGGGAGGAACGGGUCCCGAGUGACCGCUCGGCAACCGGUUCUCAGGCUAUUGCGCCAGCUACUGCGGCAGCCACGAAGGCUGCUAAGCUGACUUCAGAAGAGACCGCAGACGACAAGGCGGCAUCAAGUGGUCCCGAGGCUACCCAUGCCAAACUGAAGAGUGCAGCAAGCCGCCAGCGCGUUCUCUACACGGCUAAUGUUGGCGAUGCCCGUAUUAUACUCUGCCGUGGCGGUAAAGCGCUUCGUCUUUCGUAUGACCACAAGGGCAGCGACGAGAAUGAAGGAAAACGGAUAGCGAACGCUGGCGGUUUGAUACUCAACAACCGCGUUAAUGGUGUUCUGGCCGUAACGAGAGCUCUGGGCGACACCUAUAUGAAGGAUCUUGUCACUGGGCACCCGUAUACUACCGAGACCGUCAUUCAGCCCGAGAGUGACGAGUUUAUGAUUAUUGCUUGCGAUGGUCUUUGGGAUGUCUGUUCCGAUCAAGAGGCUGUCGACCUUGUUCGCAACAUUGAGGACCCGGUUGAGGCAUCGAAGCUCCUCGUUGAUCAUGCGCUGAACCGCUUCAGCACGGACAACCUGUCCUGCAUGAUUGUUCGUCUCGACAAGGAAGCUUUGUUAGAGAGCCAGAACGACAAGGAGAACGCCAUUGGAAUUGAGCGACCUCCGCCCAAUCCAGCCAAGGUCAGCGAGUCCGAGAAGAUCAUUCGGGAGACGAAGCAGAAGAUUGCCGAGGGAGGUGCCCCGGCCAUUGGCGUCUCGGCAAGCAACAGUGGACGUGGGCAUGACCCCGCGUCAAUUGAUAAUGGCGACUUCAAGCCAACAACGCUGGAUGGGACCCUUGAAGAGGAGCCUGGACCGAUCGAUGAUGGCGAACCCCCGGAGGUUGCCCCUGACACGACUCCGGCUAUUCUUCCCGCUGAGGUCGAACAGACUGAUGCCGCAGCACCCAAGAAGAGUUCUUAGAAUUGGUUGAGAGGAGCAUUACUGAAUCGUGGAGUCUCGUUGCAGUGGAAUUUUGGGCAUUGGCUUCGGUAUCUGUUGAAGGGCAAUCAUGACCGAAGCAUGAGGUGUUACGGCAGCUGAUACACAACCCGGCAUUCCAAGAUGUUGUAUGGGAGAAUUCACUAUUGGCAAGCUGGUGCUAGAAUGGGGGUGCAAGUUGGCACAAGGCAAUGAGGCGGCCCAUUGAUGAAAAGGGGCACCUGUCGUAGGCUAUAUGUACACCUAGCUAUCACAUGGCUUUGACUCGCGAUUCUCAUUUUGUCUGCUGACUAUCUGUGAAACAUAUGGACUUGCACAUGUGUACCCAAGUGGAC